GGGAGGUGGGCGCUGCGGCGGCGGCCCGGAGGCGCAGGGGCGCGAACGCGGGCGCAGGCGCCGGCGGCCGGCCAUGCCAGGGGCCGGGGCUGGCGCGGAGGAGAGCUGCAGUGGUGGAGAGGGAGUGGUGCCGGGAACAGGCUCGGAGGCUGGAGCGGUGGCGGGACGGGAGCCCUCGCGGCUGUGCGGCUACUUGCAGAAGCUCUCGGGUAAGGGCCCGCUGCGCGGCUACCGCAGCCGCUGGUUCGUGUUUGACUCGCGCCGCUGCUACCUCUACUACUUCAAGAGCCCGCAGGACGCUCUACCGCUCGGCCACCUAGACAUCGCCGACGCCUGCUUCAGCUACCAGGGCCGCGAUGAGGCUGCGGAGCCAGGAGCCGACCCGCCCACGCACUUCCAGGUGCACAGCGCUGGUGCGGUCACGGUGCUCAAGGCUCCUAAUCGGGAGCUCAUGACUUACUGGCUACAGGAGCUUCAGCAGAAAAGAUGGGAAUACUGCAACAGCCUUGACAUGGUCAAGUGGGACAGCAGGACGUCCCCAACGCCAGGGGACUUCCCCAAGGGCCUUGUGGCCCGAGAUAACACAGAUAUAAUUUCCCAGCACCCAAAUCCUUCUGCAGAAAAAGCCAGAACUGUGCUCGCCGUGGAAGCUGCCCCUGGAGAACUGGUGGGGGACCGGGCUGCUCAUCAUCCAGCCCCCGGGCACCCGAAUUCCAUUAACUUUUACUCUCUGAAGCAGUGGGGAAAUGAGAUCAAAAAUUCAAUGUCAUCAUUCCGUCCUGGGAGAGGGCACAGUGAGAGUCGCAGGACCGUGUUUUACACCAAUGAAGAGUGGGAACUUCUAGACCCGCCUCCUAAGGACCUGGAGGAGUCCCUCGCACAGGAAGACAGGAAAAAGCCAGUGCCUGAGGGGAGUAAAGGAGUCACUAGUUCAGGAUUCCCCUUUGAGUUUGGACGGAAUCCUUACAAAGGAAAGCGCCCCUUGAAAGACAUAAUUGGGUCAUACAAAAACCGCCACAGCAAUAGUGACCCUUUGAUCGAGGGAACAUCAUCAGGCAGCAGUGGGGGUCUCGCUAAGCCAGUCCCCGAAAUGCAGCUGCAGAUUCAAAGCCAGCAGGAGGAGCUGGAACAACUCAAGAAGGACCUAUCCAGUCAGAAGGAGCUCAUUCAACUGCUCCAACAGACGGUCCGAUCCUCACAAUAUGACAAGUAUUUUAUGAGCCACCAGAUCAGCGAGGGGGUCCCAAGGGACACACUGGAGCUCCUCCACCAAAAGGACGAGCAGAUCUUGGGCCUCAGCGGCCAGCUGGAGCGCUUCGGCCUGGAGAAGGAAAGCCUCCAGCAGGAAGUGAGGACGCUGAAGAGCAAGGUGGGAGAGCUCAAUGAGAGGCUGGGGAUGCUAAUGGAGACCAUCCAGGCCAAGGACGAGGUCAUCAUCAAGCUCAGCGAAUGUGAGGGCGGCGUAUCUUCGCCCACCAUGGGGCCCAGCUCUCCUUUGGCCACCCCAGCCAGCCGGGACCAGCUGGAGCUGGACAGGCUAAAAGACAGUCUGCAAGGGUACAAAAGCCAAAAUAAAUUUCUAAACAAGGAAAUUUUGGAACUCUCAGCUCUACGAAGAAAUGCAGAAAGGCGAGAGAGGGAUCUGAUGGCGAAGUACUCUAGCCUGGAAGCCAAGCUCUGCCAGGUUGAAAGUAAAUACUUGAUACUGCUCCAAGAAAUGAAGACACCAGUUUGCUCAGAAGAACAGGGCCCUGCCAGGGAUGUCAUAGCCCAGUUGUUGGAGGACGCUCUGCAGGUUGAAAGCCAAGAACAGCCAGAGCAAGCAUUUGUCAAGCCUCAUCUGGUCAGUGAGUUCGAUAUCUACGGGUUUAGGACUGUCCCUGACGAUGAUGAGGAAGAGAAAUUGGUCGCCAAGGUCCGAGCAUUGGACCUGAAGACUCUGUACCUCACAGAAAACCAGGAAGUUUCCACUGGGGUCAAGUGGGAAAACUAUUUUGCAAGCACAAUGAACAGGGAGAUGGUGUGCUCUCCAGAGCUGAAAAACCUGAUCCGAGCAGGCAUUCCCCAUGAGCACCGCUCCAAGGUGUGGAAGUGGUGUGUUGACCGUCACACCAGGAAGUUCAAGGACAGCAUGGAGCCAGGCUACUUCCAGGCCUUACUCCAGAAGGCUCUAGAGAAACAGAACCCGGCCUCCAAGCAGAUUGAGCUGGACCUGCUUCGGACUCUGCCCAAUAACAAACAUUACUCCAGCCCCACGUCAGAGGGCAUACAGAAGCUUCGCAAUGUCCUACUGGCCUUCUCGUGGCGGAAUCCAGAUAUUGGCUACUGCCAAGGCCUAAACAGGUUGGUGGCAGUGGCGCUCCUUUACCUGGAACAAGAGGAUGCUUUCUGGUGUCUCGUUACCAUUGUGGAAGUCUUCAUGCCUCGAGACUAUUACACAAAGACUCUAUUAGGAUCCCAGGUGGACCAGCGGGUGUUCAGAGACCUCAUGAGUGAGAAGCUGCCUCGACUGCACACCCAUUUUGAGCAGUACAAAGUGGACUACACCCUCAUCACCUUCAACUGGUUUCUGGUGGUGUUCGUGGACAGCGUUGUCAGCGACAUCCUCUUUAAAAUAUGGGACUCUUUCCUUUAUGAGGGACCAAAGGUUAUUUUCCGUUUUGCCCUGGCACUUUUUAAGUACAAGGAAGAGGAGAUCCUGAAGCUGCAGGAUUCGAUGUCCAUUUUCAAGUAUCUCCGAUACUUCACUCGCACCAUCCUGGAUGCCAGGAAGCUGACCAGCAUCUCCUUUGGGGAUCUGAACCCCUUCCCCCUGCGCCAGAUCCGGAACCGGAGAGCCUACCACUUGGAGAAGGUCCGGCUGGAGCUGACAGAGCUGGAGGCCAUUCGAGAGGACUUCCUGCGUGAGCGGGACACUAGCCCUGACAAAGGCGAGCUGGUUAGCGAUGAGGAGGAAGACACUUGAAUGAAUCCCCACCCCAGGAUGCUGCCUUCCUUCUUGCCUUCCUUCAUAACCAAAAGUAGCAAAGGCGCGUCUGCACAUCAGCUGUCAGAGUGAAACAUCUACAGCCUCUGGGCACCUGCGGGGCAGAUGUCCAAAGCUAAGCUGCACUUUCUCGUCGUCCGCCAUGAGGGCAGGGGUCUGAUGGCUUUACAGCCAUGUCCAUGCCGUGGCAUUCAGUCAUAUGCGUCAUAUGCUUGCUGCCUGAUGGGUGAGUCACCAGGCGACUGUUUCCAAGGGCCUGUUUACAGCAUCUGCCAGUUGUGUGUUUCACCUACAGAGACUGUUUGACAUUUCCCUGUGCGCUUUCUUUUUAUCCAAGGGCAGCGCUGUGGAGGAGUGCACAUGGAGCUGCAGCGUGGCUGCAUCCAGGGGCAAAAGGUCACCAUAAGAAGAGGGACCUCUUAAAAAAAUCGAACACAGAACUGGCCUCCCUAGAGAGCGUGGGAGCCCUCUGCUGGUGGCUUCGCACUGCCAGCCACUAUCCCUUCUGGACUAACCUUUGCCCUCCUAUACAGCCUUUCAGACUGUAGCACUCACGCUGCUCUGCAGCCAGCCCCACACUUCUCAUUGCCAGCUAUUCUGCCAGAUGUCUAUCCCAGCUUACAGUGGGGCUAGCGCAUCUGGGAGGUGACUUAUAGACAACAUUCUCCAAGUGUGGCUAGAUUGGAGUUCCAAAGGAACCUUACAGGAGACCCACCCCUGCAUAAAGGAACACAGGAAACUCCUAUCUGUGGCUUGUGGGCUCCUGGAUGACAGUGGCCAGGGCUCUGGAAUCUCUGCUGCCCAACAGCUGGGUGGGGAGUAGGACUGACUGCCAGCUUCCUACAUCUGGAAGCACCUUUGCUUGGGAACAAGAGUAAUGAGUUCUCCUAGUCUCUGUGUUGCCUGGAUCAUCCUUGUCCUUAGCAGGGAUCUGAGGACACUGUGGCCUCUGGUAUAGCAGACUCUGGGGACUUGGAACACUUCCUUCUUGAAGCCCAGAGAGGGUCUGAACAAAAAAGGUUAUUUUUGCUCAGUCCCAGAGCAUCCCUGAUGGUGGCUGUUAUGAGAAAACAUCUUCUUACACAGUAUUAUGGGAACACAAGGGAAACAGCCUCAAGUGGACUACUUUACACUACCUAGGGAAAAGAAACUAGAAACAAUCCCUAGUGUAAACACUCAGACUGAGGAGUGGGGCAAGACAGUUUCGAGAAGCGCUUUUUCCAUGACCCGCUUUCCUGUUUUUGCUGUCUGCUUUCUAGCACUUGAAUGGCUGAGUCCAUUUUUCAGCAUCUAAAUUUGCUUCACUUCUCUAAAAGUUGCUUCAUAUAUUACCAUGUAAAAGGAGCUGGUCUCUAUAUUUAGCCAACAGCCUGUCUCUUUUCAGGUAUCAGAAAUGUCAUCCUUGUGUCUGAGAUGAUGGUUUGAGGCCCGGCUUCUUGAAGAAGCUGUCGGGAACUGGACAGUGAUCUAUCUCACCGCUGUUCCCAGGCCUCCCUGAGACCAAAUGCUGGAAGAUGCCCCACCCCCUGUAAGAUGCCGGCUGUCAGCCUUGGGGACAGCUGUUAGGAGGUUAGAGUUGGAGCCCCAUGGCUUAGCUCCAGCCGCUCUGAUUUCGGUUGCCAUGUCAAUUUCCUACCAGAAGAUCCAGUCCAAAUAAGUAUUUGGUGUGAAUGCUCUCAGUGGAGCAUUUGGUGUGAAUGCUCUCAGUGGAGCAUUUGGUGUGAAUGCUCUCAGUGGUGGGUUGCUUUCGCCCUGUGACCAGUGGAGGCAUCUUUAAGUACUUGGUGAUGCUGGGAACAGGACCAUGUUCCUGGCAUGUGGGGCCCUGGGUUCCAUCCCAGUGAUGAAAAAAAUCUUCAGUAUGUGGGGGUUGUGGAGAGGCGCUGUUCUGCCAUCCCCUGAGAGACAGCAUUAGUUUCUCAGGCAGUUAGUAUCAGUGCCCAGGUAAAAGUCUCAAGAGGUCCCAAAGGGACUCUCCUCCCUGGAAUAAAUGACUCGAUGUCUGCAGAGCUGAGAAGGGAUGGUUGCCCUCUUUCCAGAAUAACAGAGUAACAGAGACAGAAUAACAGAGAUUCAUCCCAGAGACACAGCCCCAGUGGUUGAGCCAUCAUCUCUCAUGCCCUCGUCACUGAGAUUGUCUUUACCCUCCAGUACUCCUGAGGCUCCAGACUUCUACCAGCCACCAUGGCAGGUACCCCUAAGGUCAGUGGCUGCCUCAGGCUGCUUUUCAUCUAAACCUCUACCCAGCAUGCAACCCAUGGCUCCUGCCUGGUGAGCCUUGUGGGCUGAGAAACCCAAAGCACAGCCUCCAGCGCGUGGGUCCAAAUGCGUGUGCCACAGUAGGGGAGCACCCUGCCCUCAGCACCCCAUCUGGUGGGACUUGCCAGUAUUUCAACUGUUGAUACUUUUAUAUUUUCACUACAUUUUAUAUUUUUAUAGACUAUUUUAUAUUAAGGUUUUUUCUAGAUUCUGUACAACUUUUAUAUAACAAGUUCUAUUUUGUGUGCACAUCUCCCCUGUAUGUAUUUAUAUCAACCCAAACCUCCCAAAUUCCAGGUCCCUCUUGUGCCACCUUUUCCCCUUAGCCUUGACUGUCACUCUCUUCUGCUCACCGAGGUAGCCUCGGGGGCUACUUCUAGCCACCAUGACAGCCAGACAGCAGGAACUGGUGUUUGUCAGCUGUGGUCUGUUGAUACAGGAAGUACUCUGGGCAGUAACCCAGACAGGUUUUGUUAGCUAUGUUACUGCACAAGCCCUUCUCGCUUAGUGCAGUGAUGUCCUGGUGCAGCCAGCUGUGGGCGGGUGCUGGGCCCAUCACGAAAGUCCUUGAAGACAGAGGCUAGAUGAAAGCCCAGUGUCUGAGGUCCUUAUGUGGGCAACUGGAGGACUUGAGGGCACACUGCCAAGUGACUGUCCGUUUAUAUCCUAGCAGCUUCUGUGCUCAUCCCUGAGUUAAAUGUUAGACUUUUAAAGGAAGAAAUAAACUAAUUUGUAUUACAUUCUGCCUCGAAA